GCAGCAACUUGAACCAUAUAGAAGCCACUUGUAAAAUCAAAACAAACUUUGGAUGGAGGUGGUACCGUCACAUCCGUGGUUGUGAAUGGUUGAUUUUUGUAUAUUUUAGAGCUUCAAAUUUAAUGUACGGUUAACUUCAUUAAUACCGAAAUGAAUAAUGGAACUAAGAACUUUAAGAUACAUAAAGAGAAUGCUCUCACCUUAUUAGAACGUUUAUCACAUCAUGAAUCUGUGACUCAGUCGGGAAAUUCACUUAUACAAACUCCUGAUGCAAACAAAGUUGCUUGGCGCAACACUCCAGAUGUACACUGCUUCAGUGUGGAGAAUCAAAAUGAUGAAGAUGAGGAAUUGCUAUCUCAAUACAGCAAAGACAAACUAUUGGGUGGGGACAGUGAUGUGGAGAGUGGUGGAGACAGUGACUUGGAAACACUACAGUCAGCAGGCAUCUGGACUGAUGUGGAAACUGUAAAAGUUCACCUAGCUCACCUCAACAAGCUCAAAAGUGCCUACUUGGAUGAGUUUAGCUACCUACAUCAGGAACUGAGAGAAAACCGACAACAGUAUUUGGAGGAAGUGGCCGCUGAGCAUCAAAGCCUUACAAGAAUUCACAGUCAGCCAAAGGACACAGUUGAAGAGCAACAAAUUUAUACUCAACUCAAAGCUUUGCGGGGAUAUCGGCGUCAUCAUGGCAGGCAAGCACUUCUAAGAGCUGCAUAUUUGGAAAAACGUGCUAGCAAACUUGCAAAUAAUUCCGAGUCUGCUGCUACAAUUAGUAAGGAUCGCGGCAGCAGUAGCACUAAAAGCAACAAGCACUGUUGUCUCUAUAGUCAAGGAUCAUGGAAAUGUGGCGACCCUGCCAUACCACUGGCAAAAUAUUGUGUCAAGCAUAUACUGGAAGAUCCCCAUCAGCAGCUGUACAGGGUGUGCGGGGUUGUGGAGGGUGGCAGUGAGCCCUGUGUCUCACCCAUCAUUCCUCUUCCUCAUCUGCCAACCUGCCUCUAUCACACGCCUGUCCCUCCACCUGAUCAAUUGAACAAGACUGCAGCUGAGGAAGCCUCAGCAUCUUCAGGAGACCCCCCUGUGCUGACUCUGACUGAUGACAGCGCGUCAGUGCUGGUACUGCCAGACGCUGACAACAUCAAGGACAGCACUGCCAGCUCCGUGACAGAGACACCUGCUGUCUCUUGAUAAAACAUUGAUUGUUGGAUCAAACAUAAUUUAAGAAUUGGUAUUGGUCACACUUUAUCUUCUACCAGACUACUACUUUUUCUAUGUUGAUUCAAGUCCAAAAAAAGUUGUAGUGUAAAAAAAUGCUAAAAUAUUAUUCAAUAAUUAUUUAAGUCUGUAGGAAAAAAUAUUCUGUUCAUAGAUGACAUCUCUUACAGUGUUUUUCUACCAGGUUCUUAGAGAUGAAGUUGUUCUGACGAUAUCUGUAACGGUGCAACAAACACCAUUACGAUACCGAUAGAAUAAGUAUACUCUAAAUCUAAUAUAAGCUUCAUCCUUGUAUUGAAAAAAAAAACGGUGUUGGAGUAAGCUUUUAAUUUAUGUCAUAUUCAUUUGAUGAUGCGAUAAAUAUUAGUUAUUGCCAGCCCUCCUCAGACACUUAUCUCACCAACAAUAUUUGAAAUUUAUAAUCGUUGAUGAGUUUUGUUACUAAACACUAGAUGAAAUUUACUAAAUAAAAAAGUAUUAUUAAACUGGC